AUGGCAGGUUAUUCUCAAAAAGAUAAAUAUUGGACUCCAUCAAUUCAAAAUCAAUUUAAUUUUGAAAAUAGUAGUUUUAAUCAAUCUAACCAACAAUUUGACUUUGCAACUUAUAAUGAUCAACAAUCAAGUGAAUAUGGAACGUAUUUAAAUCAAGAAUAUUUGAAUCCUAAUCAAACUACUGGAUAUGUUGGUAAUUUAUUUAAACCCAAUAAUUAUAAUCAAGGAACAACUUUUACAGAUGAAGAAGAUGAACCACCACUUUUAGAAGAACUUGGAAUAAAUCCAGAUAGAAUUGUACAAAAAACAUUAGCUGUUCUGAAUCCAUUUCACAGGGAUGGACAAGCAGAUGAUGUAAAUUAUCUUUUACAAGAUACUGAUUUAGCUGGACCUAUAGGAUUUUGUUUAUUAUUAGCAGGAUUUUUAUUAUUAGCUGGAUCAAAAGCACAUUUUGGAUAUGUGUAUGGAUUAGCAGUGACUUCGUGUAUAUUAAUGUAUAUUUUGCAAUCACUAAUGAGCAACACUGAAAAUAUUACCUUGGCAUCAGUUGCAUCUAUUUUAGGUUAUUGUAUACUUCCAGUAGUUGGAUUAGCAGGUUUAGGUAUUUUUACAAGUCUUCGUGGAUUCUAUGGUCUAAUCCUAGCUGUAAUAGUUGUUGCAUGGGCUACUCUAUCGUCAUCUAGACUAUUUUGUGUUAUGUCUGGUGAUAAUAAACAACGAUUUUUGAUAGCUUAUCCAUGUCUUUUAUUAUAUGGAGUUUUCACAUUAAUUAUAAUUUUUUAAAGUUUUAUAUAGACUAUUU